AUGGCUUCUGGCGAACUGCAAGGAAAAGCAAAUUUUACAAGACUCAGUAGACUUUUGGUUGACAAAGGAACUGAGGCUUUGAGAAAUACAUUUGAUACCAUCCAUCCACCUGUUAGUCUACAUGGAGUACUGGCUACAAACAAAACAUCUCUUCAAAAGUUAAAACCUCGAGUUAUUAAUAAUUCUCAGUGGGAUUUACUGUUUCCCCCGUCUGGCAACCCGCCAGAUUCCAAAACCUUUGAUGUCACAUUACUUACAGUUCUAUUCCGGAACAUUUGUGGUUUUCCAUCAACAGGAUGGAGUGUAAUGCCUCCAGAUACUGAUAGGUCAACGCGGGCGAAUAUCACAAGAAUCAAAUGUUACAGAAAUGAAGUUAUUGCACAUGUAACAACAACUCGAGUUGACAAUUUAUUAUUUCAAUCUUUAUGGAAGAAAAUCUCCAGGGCAUUGGUAGAAUUGGGAAUUCCGCAAAGCGAUGUCGACGAUUUGGAAAAAUGUCCUCUAGGACCCGAAGAAAAUAUAUAUGUGCAAAUGCUUGAAGAUUGGAAACAGCGAGAAGAUGAGUGUAUUAAAAAGCUUGCAACAAUUGAAUGUUCUGUAAAUCAUUUAACACAAGACGCUGAAGAAACGCGCCAUGUAGUAAAUGAAACACACGAUGUACUAAAUGAAACGCGCGAUGCAGUAAAUAAAACGCACGAUGCAGUAAUUCAAAUCCACCAUUCAUUAGCGAAGCGCACGCUAUCAAUACCCGGGGACACCAAACCUGAAAAAGAAUUCUGCAAGGAGAGUGAUGAAGAUGUAUUACGAAAACUUGCCAAACAUAAUUUCAAGAAUAAAAUUGGAAGAAAAGUUAAAAUUUUCCUACCUGGAACAAGAGAGUGGUUGUUAAAAGAAGUUGACGAGUGGUUUUGUAGCAGUGAGAGUGAUUAUAGAAUAAAGUUAAUAACAGCUGGACCAGGAUUUGGUAAAAGCGUGUUUGCCGCUAAAAUCUGUGAAGAAUUUGAUAAGAAAGGAAAGCUGGCUGCUUGUCACUUUUGUGAUUUCAGUGAUUCAAACCUAAGAGAUCCUAUGAUGAUGCUACAGUCUCUCGCAAGUCAGAUGUGUGAGAGGGUCCCUGGUUUUAAAGAGAAGCUUCUUGAUCAAUUACAGCGACCGCAUCAAGUCAAAAAUCUUAGAGAUGCCUUCCAAAUAUAUUUACAAAAUCCCUUAGCUGAAUUGGAAAUAAAAGAGCCACGUUUAGUCGUGAUCGAUGGCUUGGAUGAAAGUGCUGCAGAUAAUAAGAAUGAAAUUACGCAUUUGAUUGCUGAAUAUUUUCCUGAUCUUCCCGAGUACAUCAAAAUCUUGUUGACGAGCAGGCCAGAAAUUUCCGUUGUUGAUCUAAGACUAAGAGACGAGCAAAAGACAGACAUUUCCAAUGUUCAUUACAACAAUAACUUAGAUCUUAAAUUUUAUUUCAAGAAAUGCCUUCCAAGUCUAGUUCGCAGGAAAGUAAAACCAAGUGGUCAGCGAAAAAGAAAUAAUAUUAGUUUACUUUCCAGUUUUGUUGCCAAAUGCCAAGGCUCAUUUCUCUAUGCAAAUCACUUUCAAUCUGGGCUAAGGGCUCGCUAUGAUCUUGAGAAGAUAACAAAUGAUGACGUCAUGCACUUUCUCCCAGAAGGACGGAAUUCUGUUUACCAAGGAUAUUUCAAACGCCUUGAAGACGAGCUUAACGCCAUAAAACACGAAAAGUUCGAUGUGUUGAAAAUUUUAGAAAUUCUGGCUGCUUCCGAAGGACAUCUUCCCGUCACUUUCGUCGCUCAGGCUUUUGGUUUAGCUCCAGAUUGUCGCGAAACGAAAGACAUCAUCAACAAAAUUAAUGAAACCGUAUCCUGCUUGUUGUACGUUUCACAUGACAUGUUAACCGUAUUUCACAAAACCGUUAUCGAUUGGCUUCUAGCAAAUGGCUACAAAGAUCACCAGUAUACUGUCAAGGUCGAUGAUGGACAUAGAUCGCUUUGGCUUUUAUGCGAAAAGGUUUUUAAAGAAAUUGUGAAAAAUGUUCGCUCAGGACUUGAGGUGAAGUUUACUAAUGACGUGGAAUACGCUCUAAAACAUUGUUUUAAACAUCUAGAAAAGUGUGAAAUGGAGGAAGACGAUUCGCUCAUAUUAUUUGGUAAACUGGAAACGGCGUUUAACAUUGCUGGAAGAAAGGAAGUUCCAUUUUUCCCUGGAAAUGAAGAGACGUUCCUGUCCUGUGCAUUUUCCCCUAACGGCAAAAGACUGGUGACUAGCAACUAUUCAAACACCAUUAAACUUUGGGACGUUGCUAAACAAACGCUGCUGUCGUCGCUUUGUGCUGGAUUUCGUGUUGAUGAGAAAUUAGAGAUUCUGUUUGCUGACAGUCAGGACGUGUCGCUUUGUCAUUUAGCUACCUGGUCUGACGGCCCAGAUAUUGCGGUUGGUUUUUCUCAAGGCUUUGUCAGCUUCGCUCUCGGAAGAAAUGAACCCGUGAAAGUUCUUGAUGUCAGAGAUGUUGAUGGUCCUGUAAUGAUCAAUUUGCCUGGAAUUGAGCCUGAGAUGGAAGUAGAAAUCUCGCCUGGUGGUGGCUUUAUCUCUUGUUGUCUUUUUGUAUUCGCAAGAGUAGAAUUGUAUUAA